CCUCUUUCCUUCUCUACUUCAAGACGUGCAAAAAAACAAAAACUUUAGCUUGUUUAAUCUCCUAUCUACCCAGCAUAUCCUAGUCCAAGGCUUAAGAGUUUGCUUUUGCUUACCACGCAUAGCAAGAAGAAGAAGUGUUUUUUUACUCUUAUCAUACACAUAAACUCAUGGACCAAGCUGUGGAGAAUGCAACCGACAAAUUGGAAGUGUACCGGCAUCUCAUUAGUCAAAACACACCCAUCCUUGAAUGGCGCUAUGAACAACGGCGAGAGAUGCAAGAAAUCUUACCAGCCAUCUAUCUAGGACCUUAUUCUGCCACACGUAAUCUGGAGGAUCUAAAGCGAGCAGGGAUCACACACAUCAUUUCACUGUGGGAUGUGUCUGAAUCCAAAAUCCUCAAAAUCCAUCACCCUGAUCAUUUCAAAUAUCUUCAACUUGAAAUCUCGGAUGCAGCAACACAAAACCUCAUCACAUUAUUCCCCUCUGUCAAACAGUUUAUUGACCAAGCUAUCCUACACGAGAAUGGAAAAGUAUUAGUCAAUUGUAUGAGCGGAAUCUCAAGGUCACCAGCAUUCGUUGUUGCCUAUCUGAUGGAGGCUACGGGCAUGGAGUAUGAGGUUGUUUAUCGAUUUGUUCAGAACAAACGCUUCUGUAUGAAUCCUAACCCUGGGUUCAGACAUCAGCUUGAGGAAUAUGGCCCCAUUUAUACUGCCGUAAAGGCAGUGGCCUCGCAUCCGGUGGAGCAGAGGACAUCAGUUCGACGGUCAGCACCUGAAGACGAUGAUGAUACUGAAGAGAUGGAACGACUGGCACCCCGUUUCCGAUGAAUAGGGCAAUACUCCUGGCAUAUAACGAAGAAAAAUAAAAAUAAAAAAAGAGGCAAACAUUCUAAGCAUACUCCUGCCUCUAAAACCCGAAUUUCAAAUGUACAACAGUCGAGUUGAGUGAUAGCGUGUUGAUAAU